AUGCCAGAUGUUCCAAGCGGUUGUCCGAGCGCAAAGCAAUUCUCCAAUUACCUUCAUGAAAGAGUCAGGGAGUGCAUUUUGAGGUACAUGAGCAAGAAAGAAACUGCGACACAUCUACUUGAUCGAUAUCAAAUCGCAUACGGAUUCACAGUGCUAGCUUGGUGUAAUAUUGAAAGAUCGAAUCAAGAGUUCUUCAAAACGUAUUUUGAAGACGGUGUACCAAAUGCAAAAGCUCGUGCUAAAAUGGGAAAAGUAACCGCUCUUAAUCAAAUAGAAGAAGAUACUGGAUCUUGUAAGACUACUCCAAAUUCGCCACCAAAGGGAGAUUCAAAUAAGGCACCGAGUUUGUCCUCUGAUAAAAGGGCCAGGGAGAAAGAGCAACAACUAAUUGAGACUGUUCGAAACAUCUUAUCAAAAGUGCCUCAAGAAGAUGCUAAUGCACAUGAUGGUAAUCCCAAAGUCAUUGUGGAGCAGAGUUCAAUUAAAGCAGGAGAGUCACAACAAGCUCGACAGAAACAAACGCUUCAAGCCACUCGGCAGCAGCAGCUAACUUUUCCCACAGCCGAAUAUUGGAACAAGCUUUUGACUAGUUUAGGUCGGAUCCAGAGUAAUACAGACCAGAUAGUUAAACUAAUGACUGAUGCACCACCACAUUCUUCUGCUGCGGGAUCCUUCAAGAGACAGAGAGUUGAGCCGGAGAAAGAGGGAAGUGAAGCAAAAAAGCUGCAAGAUCAGAACAUUCAACUACAAGAAGGAAAAUCUCGGGGAAACAAGGCUGCAAAGAUAGAUUAG